AUGCUGCAGCUGGAAUUGGUGUGUUUUUUUGGAAACAACAACCCUUUGAAUGUCUCCGCUCGUCUCCGAGGAGAUCUUCAAACCAACCAGAGAGCCGAGCGGGCUGCUGUUCAGAGAGCCUUGGAAAUACUCAGCACCCAGACAGAUAAUCGCAUGUAUCAGAUCUGCACGGAUUCUGAGUAUGUCAUCAACUGUCUGUCCAAGUGGGUCACAACAUGGCAAAAAAACGGAUGGAUAAAUGCCAGGGGCUUGCCCGUGUGCAAUAGAGACUUGAUCCAGGACAUUACCAAUCUUAACGCCUCUUGCACUAAUGUUAUUGGAUUGAAGAAGGUGCGAGCUCACAGUGAUGAUAACGCCAAUAAUCAGGCGGACAGACUUGCAGGAGAAGGAGUGUUCUGGGAAGAGUACUGA